GGGGACCGGGGGGGCGGUGAAAUAGCCUCUGUAGAUCCGCCUCUUUCAUUGAUGAAAUUUAAGUUCGUGUGAUUUUUACCUUUUCCGGGAGUCUCCAGCUGGCCCUCUCCUGUGUCAGGAACGCAGUGUAGGCAAGAGUUACAAGCAGACUCAGUCGCACCAACUUUCUGCUUUUGGAAGUGGAGGUUUUCUUUUUUUGUGUGUGUGGCAGUUUUAAUCGCUCAGAAUAAAUAUUCCCUUAAGUGGCUAAACUUAGGAAGAAGAGAAAGAACACGUCGGUUGUUAAAGCAGAGGAGGAAGUCACUGCCUGAUAGCGUGACUUCUGUAGAAAUUAAUAUAUACAUAAGCCAGAGUAUUUUAAUAAAUCACUAAAAUGUCGAGAUUUGUACAAGAUCUUAGCAAAGCAAUGUCUCAUGAUGGCGCUUCUCAGUUCCAAGAAGUCAUUCGACAAGAGCUAGAAUUAUCUGUGAAAAGGGAACUAGAAAAAAUACUCGUCACAGCACCAUCACAUGAGUUUGAGCACACUAAAAAAGACCUUGAUGGAUUUCGCAAGCUAUUUCAUAGAUUUUUGCAAGAAAAGGGACCUUCUGUGGAUUGGGGGAAAAUCCAGAGACCUCCAGAAGAUUCGAUUCAACCCUAUGAAAAGAUAAAGGCCAGGGGCUUACCGGAUAAUGUAUCUUCUGUGCUAAACAAGCUGGUGGUGGUAAAACUCAAUGGUGGUUUGGGAACAAGCAUGGGCUGCAAAGGCCCCAAAAGUCUCAUUGGUGUGAGGAAUGAGAACACCUUUUUGGAUCUGACCGUUCAACAAAUUGAACAUUUGAACAAAACCUACAAUACAGAUGUUCCUCUUGUUCUAAUGAACUCUUUUAACACAGAUGAAGACACAAAAAAAAUACUGCAGAAGUAUAGUCAUUGUCGUGUGAAAAUCUACACUUUUAACCAAAGCAGGUACCCAAGGAUUAAUAAAGAAUCUUUACUGCCUGUAGCGAAGGAUGUAUCGUACUCAGGGGAAAAUACAGAAGCUUGGUACCCUCCAGGUCACGGUGACAUUUACGCCAGUUUCUACAACUCUGGUUUGCUGGAUACCUUUAUAGGAGAAGGCAAAGAGUACAUUUUUGUGUCUAACAUAGACAAUCUGGGUGCCACAGUGGAUCUUUAUAUUCUUAAUCAUCUAAUGAACCCACCCAAUGGAAAACCCUGUGAAUUUGUCAUGGAAGUCACAAAUAAAACACGCGCAGAUGUAAAGGGGGGGACGCUCACUCAGUAUGAAGGCAAACUGAGACUGGUGGAAAUCGCUCAGGUGCCAAAAGCACAUGUCGAUGAGUUCAAGUCUGUGUCAAAAUUCAAAAUAUUUAAUACAAACAACCUCUGGAUCUCUCUUGCAGCAGUUAAAAGGCUGCAGGAACAGAAUGCUAUUGACAUGGAAAUCAUUGUGAAUCCGAAGACUUUGGAUGGAGGCCUGAAUGUCAUUCAGUUAGAAACUGCCGUAGGCGCUGCCAUUAAAAGUUUUGAGAACUCUCUAGGUAUUAAUGUUCCUAGAAGCCGCUUUCUGCCUGUCAAAACCACCUCAGAUCUCUUGCUUGUGAUGUCAAACCUCUAUAGCCUUAAUGCAGGAUCUCUGACAAUGAGUGAAAAGCGGGAAUUUCCUACAGUGCCCUUGGUGAAAUUAGGCAGUUCUUUCACAAAGGUUCAGGAUUAUCUAAGGAGAUUCGAAAGUAUACCAGAUAUGCUUGAAUUGGAUCACCUGACAGUUUCAGGAGAUGUGACAUUUGGCAAGAAUGUUUCCUUAAAGGGAACGGUUAUCAUCAUCGCCAAUCAUGGUGAUCGAAUUGACAUCCCACCUGGAGCCGUAUUAGAGAACAAGAUUGUAUCUGGGAACCUUCGUAUCUUGGACCACUGAAAUGAAAAAUACUGUGUACACUUUAUACUAAUUAUGGGCUAAAUAGUUUCUUACAAUGAAAUGUUGUCUAGGAUUCUAAAAUAGGCAGGUACUUGACUAUGUUACUGUACUCUGCAGUGUUAAUUUUUAAAGUAGAAUUUUCCGCAGUAUGCUUUUAAUCUAAGAAAAACACAGAUGGAAGUAAUACUUUUCUUCUUUGAAGAGAACCCUAAAAGUUAGUUCAUCUUAAAGUGCAAUACUGUUAAUAUCUUAAAACUGGGGCAGCUCUGCUGGAAAAUCUUUUAACAGAGGCCUCAAUGAUGGUCACUUUGAAUUGCUUGUGAUUUCAAAAAUAAAGCUGUGAAGCAAUA